CCAGACCCAGCCGAACCGGGCCCAGUAAACCCAGACCCAGCAGACCCGAACUCUCUUGACCCAGACCCAACCGAACCGGGCUCAGUUGACCCUGAUCCAGCAGACCCGAACUCCCUUGACCCAGCAGAACCCGGUCCAAUAGACCCUGACCCAGCACACCCAGUAGACCCUAAGCUCACGUAGACCUAGCAGAGCUCGUGUCACGCUCCUGCCACGAUGCAGAGCACGACCACCGCCUGCCUGCGACUUGUGUUGCUGGUGUCGUUAGUCUGCAUCUCUGCUGCUGGUUCUCCGGCGCCAGGUGCACAAGAUUCUUCAAUGGGUGCGCCAGGACCGCCGGGAACAUCUGGGCCAUCUGGAACGUCGAGCACCAUUCGCUGCUAUCCAGUUAAUUUGGCAAAUGACUCGUUGCCAUUAACGAGCGCUUUUCUCGUCAUCUCGGUGAUGGUUAAGGUUCCCCAUGAUGGUGACUGGGUAGAAUACUUCGAUGAGGAGCACUGGCUCAACCACCCUGUCGAGCCGGGGAAAGAGGAAAACAGUCGGACAUUCCUCACCCUGAAUUUCACUAACUACACAAUUGAAGCAAAACUGCGUGCGUCGGGCGAGCUGGAGAUCGCGCUCCCCUCAGGUGUUCAUAAGCCCCUAACCCUCUUCCCGGUCACCAAAUGGUUGAGGCUUCUUAUCGCUCUGGACUUGCUUAAUUCUCAGGUUCAAGUCCGAGUGGGCCGAAAUACCGAGUUGGAAAUAUUUCCAAUGUUUGAUCUCGCUGGGAAUUCAACAGAAGAAUUCGAUGGAGAAAAGGAAGAGGAAGAGGGCGAUGAAGAAGUGUCGUCUUCAUCUGGCAUGAUGAACGCCGGGCCAAUUAAUAUGUAUUCUACAAUAUGGCAGUUAAAUCCUCGAGAAGUUUGUCGUGAGGAGACCACGUGGGUGUACCUAAAGCAAAUGCAACUUUACUUGGCAGAUAAUUUCGAUUCAUUGUUACCCUGUGAGUCUCAUAUAAAUGGAACUUCCUUAUUAAGCCAUGACGUUGCUGACAAAGAACCCUUGAGUGUUCUUUGCAAGGAUGAGAGUACCUUGAUUAAAUUAGAAUCAAGGAACAACUAUUUCGAACAUAGGGAUAGUUGCAAGAAGUUUCAGGGUUCAAUACUGACAAAAGAAGACGUGGUUGCCUAUGCUAAUAAAUUAAAAUCUAUUAUAUUUAUGUCAAGCAUCGAUGGAGAGUUCAUCUCAUGGCUAGAGGGUCAAAGUGACGUGGCGGAGAGCUUCAAGUCUUGGUGCUCUGUGUUAAUGCGCAAUGGAUCCCUGAGUUCACUUCCAUGUUUAUUUCCUUUGAACUUCAGCAUCUGCAAGGUGCAGACAUCUCUUCCUAUUCAUUUAUAUGGAAAGAUAGCCAUCUUUGACCGGCAGUACGUACUAAUAUCAGAGCUAGAUGGAAGUUGGAAGCUCAAGGGCUCCAGUUCCUUCAUUAAUUUUCUUGCUGGUGAAUGGCUGCUCGAAUCCAAUCUCCACAAGGCAAAGUGUAAUACCAGCAACGUUACGCUACCACUCGUGAGGAACAUUUGGCAAUGUGGUGCAUCUAACAUAACGCUUGGGCUUUCGUCUUGCAGCACGCACUCUUUCAGCUGCAGUUCUGGACAAUGCUUACCGAAAAGUUCUCGUUGCGACGGCGUUGCUGAGUGUGAGGACGAAAGUGACGAAGAAAAUUGCGACCUCAUCCUCAAGGACGCCGGCUACGACACACUAAUCCAGCCUCCAUCACUCGCUGGCGAAGAAAAAUUGCGCAUGAAAUACGAAUUCGAUGUUUGGUCCAUUGCACCCAUGCAGACCACAAACUUCUACGCAGAAGUGACCCUCAUGUUUAUUGUAUACUGGAGAGAUCCUCGCCUGACCGUAUGGAACCCGGUCACGUACAAUGACUUCGACACGUACAAUGACUUGGACUGUGAUGAAAUUUGGUCCCCGAUGUAUCUCGCGGCAGAUGGCUACAAAGGAGACUGGGUGUCUCUUCCAGCGCAGUUCACCGACGGCUGCAAGAUGGAACUACUAUAUGAUCAUCCACUCAAUGAAUCUACAGAUGAUCCUUACAUGGGUCGCUUCAUAGGUGGGUCAUCACUAGAGUUGGUCUACACGCUCAGUGGAAUCUUCACAGUUCCGUGCCGCUUUGAUCUUCGAAAAUAUCCGUUCGGAGACCAGAAAUGUGAACUCAAUAUUUGGGUGGACGCAACUGAAUUUGACGAAAUAAUUUACGAACGUUUUCAUGACGAGCUAGAAGACGAUGUCCACUUCUAUGGUCGUCGUGACGUGAGGGAAUUCUGGGUGUCUCGCACAUGGCGAAGAGAGGUCAACUACAACCAGUCGGUAUCGCUCAUGAUCGAACUAAAGAGCCUGUAUGGGUACCACGUUCUCAACAGUUACCUAACCAGCUUCCUCAUUUUGCUCAUUUCUUUCUCGACCGCUGCGUUCAGAGUCGAAGAUUUCAACGAGCGUGUGAUGGUAUCCCUGACGUCCCUGCUAGUUUUGACGGCUCUCUUUACUCAAGCCAACUCCUCUUCGGUGCAAACUUCGUAUCUCAAGCUUCUAGAUGUGUGGUAUGCUGCGCUCAUUGCCUUCAGCUUCCUUAUUGUUCUUGCAAACACCUUCUUGAAUUCUUACCAUCACAAACUGGAUGCCGAGAAGAAACUCAAUGAGAAAUGUUACGAUGAAAAAACUAUUAUAAAAAAGGUUAAAGUUUUGAACUACAUACUUUUCGGUUCACUUAGCACCGUAUUUUGCAGUUUCAUGUUCUUUUAUAUCCUCUCAGUUGCCAAUGUAAUUUAAGAUUACACACGCUGUGGUUCUUAGACAUGGCCUGGUGAAAUCUUUUAUAUAUGUACUUGAGGGUAAGUGUUGUUGGACGUACUUAAAGUCUUGACACAAUGGGCGGCCCAGUGGUUAGAGUUAAGAGUUUCAAGAUGAACUGGGGCAGUGCGAUUUGGGUUCGAUUCCAGCUACCAGCGACAGUUCUGGUCGAAAUAUCGGGGAGCAACAAAAUUAACCACAGCCAAAUUGAAGCAGGUAGUCGCAUUUUCGGAAGUCGCAUUUAAUUUUGUUUGUAAUCAAAACUGAUACCGAUUUUACGAGUACUGUUACUAUUACCAUGUGAAACUUAUUUGGCCCGCUGAUCGGCUGGAUGGUUCCUACAUCAUAUCCUUACUCUAAAUAGAUUUACCAUUAUUGAGUUAUCUCGUACAUGAGAUACCUGUAUAACUCUGCUAAUGCUAUUCCAGCAAUUUAUUUCAAUCUAAGCACGUCAAAUAGAAUAUGUAGCAUGUGUAAUGAAAUAAUAUCCUAAACAUAAAUAAUGCACAUUGCUGUUCACGAAGUGUUAUUGACUUUUGCAACCUUUCGGCGUGAAUGUAUUGUCAUAUUAAUUUCAAAGUGAUAGCGAUACCAAAGGAUUUCUCG